UCCAUGGAGGUGUGUUGUUUUUGCGUGUGUGUGUGUACCUGUUUAUGUACACCUGCAUGUGCUUGGUAUAAAAAGCGUGGGAUGCGUCCCGGCCGGUGAUUCUCUGGAAGACGAUGGCUGUACCAGGACCUCCUCUGCUUCUGCUGCUGUCUCUGUUGCUGCCGCUGCUGUUGAGCAAGGCAUCCCUGCCUGCAGCUGCAUACACACUCACUUCUGAACGACAGCCACAGCAUAAAAUCCUUCACCUGGACUGGCCUAAGGAUUGUGGUAUGGCCCACUUCAAGCCCAACAUGGCUGAAAGGAUUGUGUCUGGGAAUGAGGCCAGGCCUCACUCUUGGCCCUGGCAGGUUUCUUUGCAGGUUCGGCCUAGAGGAAGUAAACAGUUCAUUCAUGUCUGUGGAGGAACUCUCAUCCACAAGAACUGGGUCCUUACUGCUGCUCACUGCUUCCAAAAGGGUAAGGCUGAGGAUGCUGGGAGCUGGAGGAUUGUCCUGGGGAAGCACCAGCUGAAGCGUUCAGAGACAGCAGAGAGGAUUAUCCCGGUGAAGAGGAUCUACCGGCACGAGAACUUCCGCUAUCCCGCUCACAGCGAGCUGGACUACGACAUCGCCCUUGUUAAGUCUGCCACAGAUAUCCUCCCCUCAAACUUCAUCCGCUACGCCUGCCUGCCGCGCAAGCAGACCAGCCUCAAACCGGGACACUACUGCUGGGUGACCGGCUGGGGAGACACCCGGGGUGGGAAGGAGAACGUAUCUCUGGCAGAAGCCCUGAAUCAAGCCCGUCUACCAAUCAUUGAUUUCAAGACCUGCCGGCAGAAGAAAUUCUGGGGAGACCGCGUCCGAGACUCCAUGAUCUGCGCCGGGUUCAGAGACACUGAGGAUCCACCAGCUGCAUGCCAGGGUGACUCUGGCGGUCCUUUGCUGUGCCAGCUGGACCGGGACCGCUGGGAGGUGCACGGCGUGGUGAGUUUCGGCCCCAUCGGUUGCACUGUGGAGAACAAACCCAGCGUCUUCACCCGCACCGUCGCCUACAUCCCCUGGAUCGAGGCAACGCGCAUCAGGGACUUCUUCCUGCACUGAGCGCUCGCAGCAAACAUAAGCUCUGCCAUUAAAUGUCCGACGUCUACAGACAGUCUCACAGCCAGUUCCUUCCACUCCAUGAUGUUAAUACAUGUUCUGAAUGUGUUGUCAUCUUCUUACAGUAUAUACUUAUACUCUGGUGAAGCACUGCAUAGUACACACUGCUCACCACCUUUUACAUCCAAUCUCAUUUAUGCAAUAAAAUUGGUUAAAAGCAAAAUCUCUGAACACCUCCUUAGUUUUGUUUUCUUUAUUUUAUUUUAAUCUAUAAUACAGUGGGUUUGAUGGACACAUAUUAACAGCAUGCACUUCAAGGUACAGUUUACAGUGAUUUCUUCUUCCACAGUGGACCAGAAACCAAUAUGUUUCAAUAAAUAGAAGAGUAAACUAACCCCAAGGCUUCCCUCUGACUGCAGGUCUGAGCUGUUUUUCUAUUACAGAAGAGUCUUUCAGUCCAACAUGAAUCAGAACAUGAAUGUGUUGUUAUCCAAGGGCUAAACAACACGACAGAUGUUGGAGGUUAUCUUACAAAUUGACUCACUGAACCCAAAUAUCAUGGGUAUUUAAAAUCUAGCGUAAUAACAUGUGUUCCAUUAACAAUCAUCGCAAAAAGUAUAUUUUUAUACCGCAUCCUCACAGAGUGCUCUCAUUACUGAUCAGAUCAGUGACAGGAACACCUCAGAGAAUCAACAUAAAUGAAAGGAGAACUGUCACUGGACGGUCUACGUCUGGAUUUCCUUUUAAUUCAGUCCAAAACCUUUCCAAGACACAUCUCAUAGUUCCCAGAAUGCUCCUGGAAAACAGCUAUGAUGGGAAACCAGUGAACUGCGACCAAUUCGCACCAUGAAAAACCCCCAAAAAACUAAACAAAAAUGGAAAAAAAGAAAAAAAAAGAAAAAGCAUUUGACCAGAGUCUAAUGCCUUUUAGCGCUGUGGUUAAAGGCUGCGUCCUCAAAAUAUUUGGCCCUAAUGUUGAAGCAGCUGUGUGGGGGAGUUUAGUACAGCCUCGAUGAAGGAGAGCCGGUGAGAUGGUCCCAGUUGUUGUAGAGAGCGUAGGCACCAGACAAGGCUAAACCAA